AUGGGAAGACCAAGGAGAAUUCUCAACGACUUGGACGGAGAAGACGACAGUUGGGUGAUUGUGAAAAGGCAGCGAGUCACCAUCUUUAUUCCUCCGCCACCGGAUGCUGAGAAACCCCCACCGGUGUUGCCGUCCCCUGCACCUACCAGUGAGAAAGCCACGCCUGCAGAAAUUGUGAACGCUGGUGAAUCAACAGAUGCUGCCACGGUCGAGACUUGUGCGAGGAUCUCGCCCGAGGAGGCAGAUGCGGUUCGAGUGGAUCACGGCAGGGCUGGUACUACUGCCACUGUGGUCGGAGUAUCAAGAACAUCAAGAAAUGUCAAGCAGCCGAGACUGUUUUUGCCUAGGCAGAGUAUAUUCGACAGUGGGGCGGCAUUGAACCAGACGCUGAGGGCAUCGCUCGUGGAGAGGAAGAUCGAGAAGGCCGGUGGGUUGAGCAACUGGUUGGCGUCGCUAGGGUUGGGUCAGUUCGUGAGGAUCUUCCGCGACAGGAGCGUUGGCAAGUUUCAGCUGGUGAACCUGACGAUGAAGAAGCUGAAAGAUAUGGGUGCUGAUGCUGUUGGUCCGAGGAGGAAGUUGAUGCAUGCUAUCGACUGCAUUUGCCAGCCAUACUGCUUCGGUUCCAAGUGA